AUAUGGUUGAAGUCCAUCUUGAAUCGAUGGAUUCAAUGCUAGGGCACAGUUCAAGUUUUGCUGACAGCAGAAUGAGGCCGCAAAAAAGUCAAAAGUCACAAACGCAAUUAACGUAACAAAAAUGGAAACAGCAGAACCGAAUUAGACUUAAUUCUUUCUCACCCGUACCAUUAUUUAGGAACAGUAAUUGGAAUGGAAUCUGCAAGAAUCAGUUACGACGUGAAAUUUGAGUCAAACAUUACUGCAAAAAAUAAUUAAUGGAAACUUGAUAAGCUUUACUCUUGUUUCUUUUUCAAAAAAUUUAUAGACCUGAUUUUUAUCAAACUUAAAGCAAUUGCAUACUUUAACAGCACUCUUACUUUGCUACAAGUAAACUUACUUUUACUUUGUCUCUUAAUUCUGUUUUUGCUACUAAAGAAAAAAAAGUUCGUACCAAACAACUUUGAUUUGCUCGUUGUAGAGUCUACUGAAUCUUCGGAUAUCGAAAAAAGCUAUUCUGAUUUCAACCCAGAACUUUCGAAUUCAAUGCACCAACCAGAGAAAGCAAAUUUUAGUCCAAACCCCGCUGGAAUCAAGAAAUUGCAUGCUGGAUACUGAAUACCCUUGGAAAGUUCCGGCGAGAGCUACUUAACAUGAAUUCCUACUUGCAAGGGUCUUUUAUUUCGUUCUUCAAAUUUGGAUCAAAUUGGAAUGAACUGAAUGGAAAGGUCUUUUGUAGCGACUCAUUCCAAUACGUUGUCUACUUAACUCAAAGAGUUAAAAUUUGCCUCAAUUCAUUUAUUUCUCAGUCAAACCAUUGAUUUCAUUCAUUGAUAGUUAUCGUUAUUGUUUGCAUUACUCAGCUGUUAGCCGUUACUACAAGAGCAAAGAGUUGGAAUAAUGUAAAAUUACAAAGAUAGAAAGAGAGUUUCGUUGUGUUUUAUAAAGUUCAACCGAGUUGAAGAAAAAAACGCUUUUUAUUUAAGCUCGUCAUUUUUAUACAGAAACAAACUGAUUUUAUUUAUCCGCACUAAUGUCGCAAAAUGUCCUGUAGGUAAUUCGAAAUUCUUAAAAUUGGAAUUUUUAAAUAAAUCCAUAAGCUCAUGUCUAGGUUGCAAUUCAUAGUGCUUUAUUUGUUACAUAUCAAGUUCGUCAAAUUCGCUCCCAGCUAAUGAAUUUUGGUUUUAAUUCAGAAUUCUUUGUAUUCGAUUUAACUUCUAUUGAGAAGAAAUUUUAGUUUUCAAUUUCAACCUAUAUACAAGUCAUUGGUUAUUAUAAUGAGUGACCAAUUCGAUUACUACACAGAGACACCUCUGCACUUUUUGUGCUUCUCGGUAGCUUACGGAUUCCUGGUUACUGUUUGUUAUGUCAUCAGUGGGUUUGUGGUCGCGAAAACUGAAAACAGACGGUUUCUGCAGAAUAUAUUACUGGAGAUAUUGGCAUGUAUUCAGAUGAUAACAGGAGGCGCGGAGGGAUCCUGUGUUCUGUUCCACUAUGGACUGUGGAGCUGGGUGGUGUACACUUCGCUUAGAGGCACUCUGCAUGCUUGUACAUUCAGAGGAGCUACUGCCGAUCCAGCUAUGGUUCUAUUGGAUAAACGGUUAACAAUACCCCAGAAAGUAGUGACGAUAGUUGUGCAAAUUGCAGUCGGCUUCUCUUCAGUGUACAUUAUGCACUUCUUCUGGGGGAUGUCUGUCAGCUCCAUACAUUCGCACAAGCUAGAUCAGAUCUACAAUGGAACAGUGUGUGCCUUUGACCUCAAGAUUGGUUUCAUACCUGCCUUCUUACUCCAAUUUACUUACAUCACCUCAGUGUAUUACGUGGACUAUUUGACCCCAUUUUCUAUCAAGAAGUUAACUGUGCCAAUGUAUGCCAUGGUGCUGGCUGCUCCAGGUCUCCAAUACACUGGCAUGCACUGGAGUGUGUUGAAUGUGAUAGUGUUCAGCUGGAGUUGUCCGGAAACAUCCCUUGUCGGCAUAAUUAUUGUGUACGCCCUGCCCCCAAUGGCUGCCAAACUAACUGCAGAUGCUGUGGGAUGGACUACACCUGCUACUGUGCCAAAUACAAAAGUCGAUCACGCCAGAAAUCAGCUGAAAGUGGCUGGAAAAGGGCAUCAUUUCGACAUGAAAUCAUCUAACGACAAGCAGACGAAAACUACUCAUUCUAGAAGCAGAGAAAACACUCGAGGGAAGAAAGAAAACAGCUCCAACUCAAAUUCGAAUAGAGGAAAACAGAGAAAUAAGGGAAAGAAAAGUACCCGAAGACAAUAAUUUAACUUAAUUUGAACUUAAUUACGCUGGUUUCCAACUCAAUGAACUAAAAAUUUUAAUGCUCGUAUUUAGUACGAAUGUUACUUAAGAUUAAUUUUUGUCUAGACAAUUUUCUGAAAGUACCAUAAAUACAUGAAGAAGUUGAGUUGAUUGAUUGAUUUAAUUUGAAGCGACUAAUUUGA